AUGUUAACAGUACCAGCAACGCUUAAUCUUUUGUUUGUACUUGGAAUUAUGAUGCGACAAAAUCAACAAACUAAUAAAAGGGAUUUUAGGGAUUGGUUAAAGAAAAAUAUCAUUAUGAUAACAAUAAUCACAAUAUUAUCGAUGGUAGAUAUAAUGAUUAUGAAAUUACUCUUAGAUAUUACUUUAUUUAAUCCUGAAGUAAGAAAAUGGAUACUCGGGGCCGGAAUAUUCAAUAGCAUUAAAAAAAUAUCUCAAUUUGUUAUUCUUAUACUAUAUAUCAAGGAAUUAGGAUCAGAUACGUUAUUAAUAUCGACACUAAUUACAAGCAUUGCAAGUUUAUUAUUCAGUAUCAUCUAUGAAAUAUAUGAACAUAUAUCAUCUUAUUCAGAAGUAUCUCAUAUUCCUUAG